UCGAUUGCUCCUGUCUGCCUCGCUGCUCAGAUUGGUUUGCGUCUGUAACUCCGUAUAGCUUUGUUUUGAAUCUCUUACUUUUAUUCAUUGUUGCUUAUUUUUUUAUUACCUUAUAUGUAAUAUUGCCUACCACACUAAUCUGACGUCGCUAGCUUGUAAUAUUUGAAUCUAAAUCGCUGUUACAACGCAUUUGCAUUUGCAGCGCUAGCUUGUUAACUUGUUAACAGUCGCUCGCGCGCUCCUUUUUCAACGCGUUCUUCAAACAGCUGUGGUAAGUCGGAUCAGUCUACAAACACGGUGAGUCAUGUCAUCCUCUCCCAGCAUUGCUACCUGUUCCAUUUGCCACAUGUUUACCAUAGCUCUCUCUGUCAGCGACGAGGGAUUUACAUGUCAUAAAUGUAGGGAAAUAGUCAGGCUGACAGAGAGAAUCUCAGAAUUAGAGACACGCAUCCAAACUUUAAUCGAGGAUAGUAAGAAUGCAAGGGCUUCAGAUACUGUUUUGGAUGCGACUAGCUUAGUGAACUCUGUACAUUGUUCGGUUCCGGCUGUAGAGCCCGCGCAGCAGGGCACUUGGGUAACGGUGAGGCGGCCUAGCCGCGGAAAACACCACUCUUCCGUUCCAAUAAGAACAUCAAACAGGUUCUCCCCACUCAGUGAUACACCCACUGAGAAUCCUGUUGAAAGUGCCCUAGUUAUUGGCGAUUCUAUUACACGGAACGUGAAAAUAGAGACACCAGCCACCAUAGUCACAUGUUUGCCGGGAGCCAGAGCACCUGACAUCAAAGCAAAUUUAAAAGUGCUGGCUAAUGCUAAUCGUAAAUACUCUAAGAUUAUUAUUCACGUCGGCACUAAUGAUGUUCGACUUCGCCAGUCGGAGAUCACUAAAAUUAACAUUAAAGAGGUGUGUGAACUCGCAAGUACAAUGUCAGGAGAAGUAAUUUGCUCUGGCCCCCUUCCUGUUCGUCGGAGUGAUGAGAUAGUUAGCAGAUUAUCAUCACUCAAUGGCUGGCUGUCUAAGUGGUGUCCGCAAAAUAAUAUAGGUUUCAUAGAUAAUUGGAAAAGUUUUUGGGGCAGACCUGACCUGUUAAAAAGAGAUGGUAUUCAUCCCUCCCGGGAUGGUGCUGCUCUUCUCUCUAGUAAUAUGGCACAUAGUCUUAGAACUGAAACAUGACAAACUGGGGCCCAGGUCAGAAAGCAGACAGACUGGCUAAACCGACCGUCUGCUAGCUGCCUCACGUUACAGAAGUCAGAAAAUUCAGAUAACUCUCAACACAUAGAAACUCUUACACCUAGAUAUUUUCAAAUAGAGACUGUGUCUGUACCCCGAAUUAGUAAAAACAAAAAACUUCCAAACCCAUUUAAUGGUAAAAAUUUAAUUGAUGUUCAACAAAUAAAAAAUAGAGAUAAUAAUGCUAAACAAAUGAUAAAACUCAGGUUGUUAAAUAUUAGAUCCCUUUCUUCAAAAUCACUUAUUGUUAAUGAUAUUAUCAAAGAUAAUAAUCUAGAUGUGCUGUGUUUGACAGAAACUUGGCUAAAACCGGACGAUUACAUUACUUUAAAUGAGUCUAGUCCUCAAGGUUAUGAUUAUCGACACAAUGCCCGUCAGAAAGGCAAAGGGGGAGGUGUUGCUGUAAUCUAUAGUAAUAUUUACAGUAUUAGUCAGAAGUCUUUCAAAUAUAAUUCCUUCGAAACUAUGGUACUUUACGUAACAUUAUGUAAGUUGACAUUUGUGCUGGCUACUGUAUACAGGCCACCAGGACACAAUACAGACUUUAUCAAAGAAUUUGCUGACUUUCUAUCAGAGUUAGUACUAGCUGCAGAUAAAGUCCUUGUUGUUGGUGAUUUUAAUAUUCAUGUAGAUAAUAAAAAAGACGCAUUAGGAUUGGCAUUUGCAGAUAUUCUAAACUCUAUUGGUGUUAGACAACAUGUGUCAGGACCCACUCAUUGUCGUAAUCAUACUUUAGAUCUAAUAUUGUCACAUGGAAUCGAUAUUGAUGCUGUUGAAAUUCUGCAGCAGAGUGACGACAUCUCAGAUCAUUAUCUAGUCUCGUGUAUACUACAUUUAGUCAAGGCGGCUAAACUGCCUCCAUGCCAUAAAUAUGGUAGAACCAUCACUUCUACCACUAAAGAUUGCUUUAUAAAUAAUCUUCCUGAUCAUUUUUAUCGCCUUAGCAUACCAGACAGCUUAGAAGACCUCGAUGUUGCAACAGAAACUAUUGCCUCUGUCUUUUCCAGCACAUUAGACUCAGUUGCUCCUUUGCGUUUAAAAAAGAUUAAGGAAAUUAAUCCAAUGCCAUGGUACAAUGACCACACUCGGGCCCUAAAGUUAGCAGCCAGAAAAAUGGAGCGCAGCUGGAAGAAAUCAAAACUAGAAGUAUUUCGUAUUUCGUGGAGAGAGAGAAUGAUUGAGUACAGAAAGGCCUUAAAAUCUGCUAGAUCUGCCUAUUUCCUGUUUCCAAAGAGCACAGCAGUAAUGACUUUAUGAACUUCUUUACUUGCAAGAUUGAUAAUAUUAGAGAAAAAAUAAUAACCAUGCAACCGUCUACUACAGUAUCGUGUCAGAUAGUGCAUUGUAGUGUCCCUGAGGAAAAAUUCAAUUCAUUUACUGCUUUAGGAGAGGAAGAAUUGUCUAAACUUGUUAAAUCAUCAAAAUCAACAACAUGUAUGUUAGACCCUAUACCGACUAAGCUAUUGAAAGAAAUGCUUCCAGAGGUCAUAGACCCUCUUCUCAAUAUCGUCAAUUCAUCUUUAUCAUUAGGAUACGUACCAAAAACUUUUAGGCUGGCUAUUAUUAAACCUCUUAUUAAAAAACCACAACUUGAUCCUAGAGAAUUAGUCAAUUACAGGCCGAUCUCAAAUCUCACUUUUCUGUCAAAAAUACUAGAAAAGGCAGUAUCAUCACAGCUAUGUUCCUUUUUAGAAAGAAAUGGUAUCUGUGAGGAUUUCCAGUCAGGAUUUAGACCGUACCAUAGUACUGAGACUGCUCUCAUUAGAGUUACUAAUGAUUUGCUCUUAUCAUCAGAUCGUGGUUGUAUCUCUCUAUUAGUGUUACUGGAUCUUAGUGCAGCAUUUGACACUAUUGAUCACAAUAUUCUUUUAAAUAGACUCGAAAAUUAUGUUGGCAUUAGUGGAAUUGCAUUGUCAUGGUUCAAAUCAUACUUAUCUGACCGUUAUCAGUUUGUAGUAGUAAACGAAGACAUGUCAUAUCGAUCACAAGUUCAAUAUGGAGUACCACAAGGCUCAGUACUAGGACCGUUACUGUUCACUCUGUACAUGCUACCCUUGGGAGAUAUCAUUAGGAAGCAUGGCGUUAGUUUUCACUGUUACGCUGAUGAUACUCAGCUCUAUAUUUCUUCGCGCCCUGACGAAACUUACCAAUUCACAAAAUUAACGGAGUGCAUAGCUGAUAUAAAAAAUUGGAUGACCAGUAAUUUCCUACUACUAAAUUCAGAAAAAACAGAGAUUCUAAUUUUUGGACCAAAAACUUCUUCACGUAAUAACCUAGAAUAUUGUCUAACACUUGAUGGCUGCUCUGUUAAGUCUUCGUCGUCAGUUAGGAACCUGGGUGUGCUCUUUGAUACCAAUCUUUCAUUUGAAGGCCAUGUUACUAGCAUCUGUAAAACCGCAUUCUUCCAUCUUAAAAAUAUAUCUAAACUACGACAUAUGCUCUCAAUGAAAAAUGCAGAACAGUUAGUUCAUGCGUUCAUGACCUCAAGGCUAGAUUACUGUAACGCUCUACUGGGUGGUUGUUCUGCUCGCCUGAUAAAUAAACUACAGCUCGUACAAAAUGCAGCAGCUAGAGUUCUUACUAGAACCAGGAAGUAUGACCAUAUUAGCCCAGUUCUGUCAACACUGCAUUGGCUUCCUGUUAAACAUCGUAUAGAUUUUAAAAUCUUGCUAAUUACUUACAAAGCACUAAAUGGUUUAGCUCCCCAGUACCUGAGCGAGCUCCUAAUUCAUUAUAGUCCUUCACGUCUAUUGCGAUCUCAGAAUUCAGGCCAGCUGAUAAUACCUAGAAUAUCAAAAUCAACUGCAGGUGGUAGAUCCUUCUCCUAUUUGGCACCUAAACUCUGGAACAAUCUUCCUAGCAUUGUUCGGGAAGCAGACACACUCUGUCAGUUUAAAUCUAGACUAAAAACGCAUCUCUUUAACCUGGCAUACACAUAACACAUUACCAAUUUAUAUUUCCAAAUCCGUUAAAGGAUUAUUAGGCUGCAUAAAUUAGGUCAGCCGGAACCGGGAACACUUCCUAUAACACCUGAUGUACUCGUUACAUCAGAAGAAGAAUGGCAUCUACGCUAAUAUUAGUCUUUCUGUUUAUCCCGAGGUUCACCGUAGUCAACCGGAUCCGGGCCGUAUCCAGGUGAGACCAAGGACCUGCACCUUGACACGACCACAACGCAGCCCUGAAGUAUCAGCAGAGAUUGAGUCAACUAGAUCAUCCCCUGUGAAGGCCUCAUUGACACGACAGCCACGACACAGUUCCUCAACAACCGUCCAUACCGGCGUGAUGAAUACGAUCCUCAAUUGGAUGGAACUGAAAUAAAUACUUUUAAUGUUGCGAUCCUAUUGGACUUAUGAUAGCAACCUGAAUUGUAACAAAGCACUGUUGGCCAGAGGAGAACUGGCACCCCGACUAAGCCUGGUUUCUCCCAAGGUUUUUUUCUCCAUUUUAACACCAAUUUGCCACUUGUCUGCCACCUGAUGUCACCUGAUGGAGUUUGGGUUCCUUGCCGCUGUCGCCUCUGGCUUGCUUAGUUGGGGACACUUGACUUGACAUUUUGAUAUUCAACAGUGCUUUUGAUCUGCCUGCAUUGACACUAUUCUUUAAGAGCUGCUGUGCAGCCAAACAAUGUACCAGUUAUCAAUGUAAAGCUGCUUUGACACAAUCUACAUUGUAAAAAGCGCUAUAUAAAUAAAGGUGACUUGACUUGA